AUGGAAAAAUUGAAUCCAUGCCCAAUUUUGGAGUUCAAUGACAAUCAGUUGUUGAAUGUAAGGAAAAGUUUUGGUUACGACGAUAUACACAGGUUGAAACAAGAUGUGGAUCAUUUACAGGAUUGGAUCAACCAACAACCCCAUUUUAAGUUAAAGGAAUUUGAUCGAGACUUUCUGGAGCGCUACCUCAUCUACUGCAAAGGGUCCAUCGAGAGAGCGAAGCAGCGCUUCGACAAACUAUGCACUUACACCAACCAGAUGCCAGAGUUCUUGAGGAAUUUUGACAUCAGAAAUGAGUUCAUUGGACUUAAUAGAGCAAUUCGCACCUGCAUACUGCCGAAGCCUACUGCCGACAACUAUCGAGUUAUUGUAUCGACUGUGACUGGAGAAGAUGGCGAACUAUUUGAUCUGAUGGAGUAUUACAGAUACUUAAUAGUGCUUGGCGAAUACAUGAUGCAUAAUGAUUACUGCCACGGUUACGAGCUGGUUGGAGUUAGUACAAACGUGUCCAUGGCAAUAGUGAAGAAAAUGAACCCAAUCAUCAUCCAUAAGGCUGUGACGAUGAUUACUGAUGCAUUAGGUCAAAGAAUGAAGAAGAUUCACCUCAUAAGCGACUCCAAGUUCUUCGAGACCAUCCUGAUGAUCUUCAAGCAGGCCCUCACAGCAAAACUGGCUAAAAGACUGAUAGUUCAUAACAGUUUGGAGUCGUUACAUGAACAUAUAACUAGAGAACAUUUGCCAAAAGACCUUGGAGGCGAUGAGAAGACCAUGAAAGAAUUGGCUGAAAUGGAUUUCAAGGCAAUAAGCUCAGAUGAGCAUAUAGCAGCUGUGAAGAGGAUGGAGACAGCUACCACAGAUGAGUCCCUCCGACCGUGUGCCAAGUUUAACGAGGAUUAUUCUGGUACACCAGGGUCCUUCAAGACGUUAUGUGUAGAUUAA